CGUAGUAGAGAGUGAGUGAGAGAGUGAACCAAGUUUCCAGUGACUGAGCCAUCACGGCGUAAAAACUUCUUUUUUUGAAAUGAACUCGCUUGGCGGUGGAGGACGGGGUUUAUGCGGAGAUAGAGAGCCGUGAUAGCGGGUUAGGGGGCCCGGUCCGGCCCGGUGCUCAAGCCGAAUAUGGGUCAGACCGCCGUGUCUGCCGUGUCUCAGACUGCAAGCGUUGAGGGACUGGAGAAAUCAACAUCUCUGGCCAGCUGCGACGUGGCGGUGGACAGCUCUGCCAAUGCCCAGAAUGCCCAUGCAUCACGGCAGCAGCGAGGCAAGCUGUCAACCCUGGGCAAACUUUUCAAACCCUGGAAGUGGAGGAAGAAGAAGACCAGCGACAAGUUCCAGGAUCUUUCAAAAGUUCUAGAGAGAAAAAUCUCCACUAGACAAACGAGGGAGGAGCUCAUCAAGAAAGGAGUUCUCAUCCCAGACCAAGAUGAACCAGUCAUCAGUGAAAAUCUGAACGGCCAUGCCACAUCCAGUUUGACGCCAGAGGAAGUCAAAGUCGACAUUGAGUCUCAAGAAACACUGCGGGAGGAACAGGCAACUGGCCCGGUCAGAACUGAGGAGAAACCAGCCAAGUCCUCUCAUCCAAAGAAGACGGGAUGCACAACAAAAAGCACCACCACCUCCACCUCCACACCUCGUUCUCGUGCGUCAAAGGACACUGGCUCUGCAGCACAGAAUGAAAGGACAGAUGCAAAGGCCAACCGGAAAUCAGACACUCCGACUUCAUCGUCUGUACUUCAAAAAGCCUCUGCAGAGACUCUUAACCCACCUGGAGACUUAAAAGCUUCUCGCCUUUCCUCAGACACCAAACCUAUUUCAUCUAAAGUCUCAAGCAAUGACACAGGGGGAGCUCAGGGGGACUCUGUCCAAGAUCCCAAAUCUUCACCUGACGCAUCGCGUGCAGGUGAAGAUACCCAUAAAGGUGCAGUUCCUGGAACCACAAGUCAGUCUUCUCAUGUCAACACUGCUACAGAAAACACAUCAUUCGCAGAUGGAGAGGCGCGCGGCAGCUCACAGAGCGAUAAACAGGAGAGGACAAAAGAGGAGGGAGGAGGAGGUGGAACGAAGAAAGGAGAAACAGAGAAUGUUGUUGAAAAUGGCCGGAGGUCAGCAGAGGAUGAAGCAGAAAAGCCGCAGCGACCCAGGGUAAAAACAGAGCAGGCCGAGGUGACCGUGAUACCCGAUAGGCCGAGAGACAGCCAAACUAGUGACUCUGAUUCUGACGGACCAAUCCUGUACCGGGAUGAGGAGGAAGAAGAGGAGGAGGAAGACGAGGACUCAAACACCUCUCUUGCCAGCAAGAUCCGCCGACGAGACACCUUGAACAUUAAACUGGGGAACCGACCCAGCAAGAAAGAGCUGGAAGAGAAAAACAUUCUGCCACAGAGUUCAGAGACGGAGAGGCACGAGCUACGCCAGCAGAUUGGCAGCAAAUUAGUCAGACGCCUGAGCCAAAGACCAACCACAGAGGAGCUGGAGCAGAGAAACAUUCUGAAGCAAAAGAAUGAAGCAGAGGAACAAGAAGCUAAGCAAGAGAUUAAAAGGAGGCUCACGAGAAAGCUGAGCGUGAGGCCGACGGUGGCAGAGCUCGUUGCUAGGAGGAUUCUUCGUUUUAAUGAAUAUGUGGAGGUAACGGACGCCAAGGAUUAUGACAGACGAGCUGACAAACCCUGGACACGGCUUACUCCUGCUGACAAGGCUGCUAUCCGUAAGGAGCUGAAUGAGUUUAAAAGCCGAGAGAUGGAGGUUCAUGAAGACAGCAAACAGUUCACCAGAUUUCAUCGGCCCUAA